GAAUCUGCAAAGGUAAUUAACGCGCUUAAUUCGAUAGAAAAUCUUUCCGGGUAACGUUAAUUGUGUGACGGUUAAAAGUGUCCGCGAAAGCGAUAGUGUGGUGUAUUAAAACUGGCAAAAAGUCUGGCGUUUUACUGCUGUAGAGGAAAAUAUGCCUACUAAUUGAGGCAAAACAAAAAAAAAACGGCAAGCUUACUACGAUACGUAGAAAGAAAAGUUUGAAGAAAAGUUCACGCACAUAGUGCGUAGUGGAGUGAUAAUAUAUUCCUAAGAUAAAAUAAAUCCGAUACAAUUCCUUAUCAAUCUGGAGGAAGGGAAGAUCUUUCGAAGCAAGAGUGUGCGUUAAUUUUCCCCAUUUUAUGUUGCAGUGAAAGUGUCAUUUAGGGGUGAAAAAUGUAGUGUCCAGUUCCUCGUGAAUUAAAGCCCAAACAAAGACGAGUUUUCCUUGUAGGAGAACAACCUAGGAAGCAAACAUUCCUUUGCUAACCUUUCUAGAGCACGAGCCCCUUGGCACGCAAAAACAAUCAGCUAGACAGAAAUAUCAUACCCGUGGCAAAAGGAAAAAGAGAAAAAAACAAACCCCCUCCCACCAAAGCUCUAAAUGUGUCGGUCGCGGUACAAUACGUAACCGCAGCAUACACACAAAUGGGGUUGCCGGGGUGAAUUGUGUUAGAAAAUUUGUUUACCGGCUGGCUCCAAUCGCGGAGAAGAUGAGAUUUCGGCUGGUUAGGCUGCUAACCACCGGAUCGCCACUGCUUACCGAUGGGGCACUGUCGCUGGUAUUUCUGCUGCUGCUGUUGACGACAACCAUCUGUACAAAUGUGUCAUCUAGUGUUAAUAAUAGCUUCACCGGCAGCCACCAUCAGCCUGUGCAGGCUGCUGGGACGCACUAUGCCACCGGCCAAUCCCUCACGUCGGAUCACGUCCCCGGCGGUAGUACGAUAGCUUACAACAUUUCCACAACAGUGCAGACGGACCGAGGAUCGUCGGAUGCUGGCAAUCGGUCGGCCACGUUCGAUCAAACCACAAAACCAUGCUGUGAUAGUAAUAGCACCGACCGGGCGUCCACCCCAUCCGCCAGGACGCACCGUGUGGUAAUAGAAUUUUCUACCAAAAUCGUUCAGAAUGAGUACAUCGUGCAGUUCAACGGUUACUACAAACCAAAGCAGCGGGAAAGCUUCAUCCAGGCUGCACUGAACGGUUCGAAGGUGCAAAAAUGGCGCAUCUUGCCACGCAACAAUCCGGCCCAAGAUUUCCCGAGCGAUUUCGACGUGCUGACGCUGGAGGAAGCGGUCGAAUACGCCGACGAUGGGUUAGCGGUACUGCGUACGCAUCCAUCGAUAAAAAGCAUAUCACCGCAGCGGAUGGUACACCGUGCGCUAAAGUACGUACCACUGCGACAGUCGGAACUCGAUUCAAGCAAUGAUGCUCCCGAAAAGGAUGAAACAGAGCAGGAGAUAGAACCACCCGAACCCGAACUAGAUCUAGACGACGCGGAGACGGAAGAAUUUAUCGAGUUUAUACAAAAACGACGCCUCACGACGGAAGAUGAAUCGUCCGGCGCGUUUCCUUCGCAACCUCCACCACCGCCACCGCCCCAAUCCCCAAACAGGCAUUCUAAUCGACGCUUACUUCGUGCAAUUCCACGCCAAAUUACGGCCCUGCUGAAGGCAGACGUGCUGUGGGGGAUGGGAAUUACCGGGCAGGGUGUAAAGGUGGCCGUAUUUGACACAGGACUGGCCAAAUCCCAUCCACACUUUAAGCGCAUCAAGGAGCGCACGAACUGGACGAACGAAAAGACGCUAGACGAUGGCGUCAGCCAUGGUACGUUUGUGGCCGGCAUAAUCGCGUCGUCGAAGGAAUGUCUUGGGUUUGCACCGGACGCGGAGUUGCACAUUUUUCGCGUGUUCACCAACAACCAGGUGUCGUACACGUCCUGGUUUCUGGAUGCGUUCAAUUACGCCAUACUGAAGAAAAUAAACGUGCUAAACCUUAGCAUCGGUGGGCCGGACUUUCUCGAUCAACCGUUCGUGGAUAAGGUGCUGGAGUUGUCGGCGAACCGUGUGAUCAUGGUGUCCGCGAUCGGUAACGAUGGACCGCUGUACGGGACGCUGAACAAUCCGGGCGAUCAGAUGGACGUGAUCGGUGUCGGCGGGAUGGAUUACGCGGACAAUAUUGCCAAGUUUAGCUCGCGCGGUAUGACCACCUGGGAGCUGCCGUAUGGGUACGGUCGGCUCAAGCCGGACAUUGUCACGUACGGCAGUCAGGUGAAGGGUAGCAAUCUGAACGGUGGCUGUAAGUCACUGUCCGGCACGUCCGUUGCAUCGCCCAUGGUGGCCGGUGCGGUAACGCUCAUCGCAAGCGGUGUGCUCGAUCGACCGGAGGUGGAUUUAAAUCCUGCCUCCAUGAAGCAGGCACUGAUCGAAGGCGCACAACGGCUGACGGAUAACAACAUGUUCGAGCAGGGGCACGGAAAGCUGAACAUACUGCGCAGUAUGAAAGCGCUGGCGGCUUACCGGCCGCGGGUCACACUUUCGCCGGCGUAUCUGGACUUUACGGAGGAUUAUAUGUGGCCGUACACGACGCAGAGCUUGUAUUACAGCGCGAUGCCGGUUAUUGCGAACGUUACCAUCUUGAACGGGAUGGGCGUGAUUGGGCGUGUAAUCAAUAGACCGACCUGGCAUCCGUACAGUAACGAGCAUGGUGAGCUGCUGAACGUGUCGAUUAGUUACUCGGAGCAGCUGUGGCCCUGGUCCGGUUGGAUGGCGGUACACAUCGGUGUAAAUGAAGCCGGUCGAGGAUUUGAAGGUAUCGCGCAGGGACACAUCACGCUUACGGUGCAAAGCCCGGCCGAGGGACCGAACGAACGGGAACCUCGGAACGGUACGGUUAGUUUCGCCAUCAAGGUACGCAUCAUCCCGCAACCUCCGCGCCAGAAGCGCAUCCUUUGGGAUCAGUAUCACAGCCUCCGUUAUCCGCCCGGGUAUCUCCCGCGCGAUAACCUCAAAAUUAAGUCCGACCCACUGGACUGGCGGGCGGAUCACGUCCACACCAACUUCAAGGACAUGUACACACAUCUGCGUAAUGCGGGCUAUUACGUGGAGGUGCUCGGUGCGCCCUACACCUGCUUCAAUGCGUCCUACUACGGCACACUGCUGGUGGUCGAUCCGGAGGAAGAAUUCUUCCCGGCCGAAAUAGCCAAACUGCGGGAGGACGUACUGGACCGGCAGCUGAGCGUGAUCGUGUUCGCCGACUGGUACAAUACGUCCGUAAUGCGGCGUAUCAAAUUCUACGACGAAAACACCCGCCAGUGGUGGAUGCCGGACACGGGCGGUGCCAAUGUGCCCGCGCUGAAUGAUCUGUUGCGUGAUUUUGGCAUUGCGCUCGGUGAUCGUGUUGCGGAUGGUUAUUUCGAUAUGCGCGAUCAUCGGAUGUAUUAUGCGUCCGGGGCGAACAUUGUACGCUUUCCGAUCGGUGAGGGUACGAUUUUGAUCGAGCGCGAUCUUCUGGACGAAGGCAUCGCUAUAACGCAACCGGACGAAUCACGCUCGAAGGUGCGGCUGCGUACCGCCAUUCUGGGAAUGUUGCAAACGGAUCGGAGAGUGUACGCACGGUUGCAACCGGCCACGCCGAACCCGGAAAGUCCUCCGCUCGGUUCGGCAGACGAGAUGAUGGAGGACGUUGAGGAGGAAAACGGUAAGAUCGAUCGUGGUGCGAUCAUCAACAAGCGCAUCCUGCUGAGCGCGGCUGCGGUCGGUACCGAUGUGGAAGAGGACGAAGAAGUGCCGAACGAUGGGGGCGAGUUUAAUCGGGACGAUGCAGCGAAUCGGGUCGAUGCUGGGGAGGAACCAUUGCCGGAAGAUGAUCGCGAUGCGGAUGACAUUGGGCAGUUGUUGCGCGAACGCACGAAAGCGGCGAAGCAACAGAAUGCAACCACGGCCGGCAGAACGGCCCACCGUCCGGAACUGGCUGGUGGACGGAUCGCACUGUACGGUGAUUCGAACUGUCUCGAUUCGACGCAUCUGGAGAAGCCGUGCUUUUGGCUGUUGGAUUCCCUGCUCGAGUACACGAUGACGGCACACGUGACGAGCUUGCUGCGAGAUCUCAACGUUAGCCGCCAGGUGGAACAGAUUGAAGAUAAUGUGAAGCUACCACAGCGAAUGCCGAACAACAAUCUACACCUGUACUCGAAGGUACUCGUGCCGCACACGACCACCGGUGAGAAGCGACCACUGCCCGUCUGCCAGCGGCUUGACUGGGAGUAUCCGGUUACGCUUAACAUGUCCACACUGAACAUCGGUACCGGGCCGAACGAUCGAUUGCUUGGCCCGGAUCAGCAGCAACAGCAGCGUCUCCUUGUGGUGCAACAGCGUCAGCUUAAACAGGGACCACCGCAGCCAAUGAUGCCCCUCGUCGGCAAUGAGCUUGUCUACAGUAGCCGGGGUCGAAGGUUGGAAAGUCAGAAAGGUGGAAGUUCCGUGUUGGGGGCUAACGAUGAACCGGACGUACCCGGGUGGCGCAAUAAGAAAACGGAUAAAAUUCCCCCAAAUGCACCACCGAACGUGUUUAACAACCCGUCCGGUGCAUCGCCCACCGCUGGCACACCGAUGGCGGUUGGUGUGAAAAUAAUCCCACUGGCCGGUGGGGCCACAGAAGACGUCGACUAUUACGCUGCAGACAGUCGCGCCGGUAAUGGGAAUGUGGGCACCGGUACCGAUACUGUGGCUUCCGGAGGAGGGUUCUGGUCCUGGCUGACCGGAUCGAAGAGCGCUUUAAUGGUGGGCCUGUUUGUACUGCUAACGCUUCUCAACUUGGUGAGAAAAUCGAAGGGAUUAACGAUAAAGCGGCGGCUUAAUUAUGUCUUUAAGAAGAUUGGCUUCUAAAGUGAAUUCUGCAGUAAUAUGCUGCUGCUUACGACUAUACCAAAACGCUAUGGAACAUUGCGAUGUUCCGCCGUAGGUUAAGAAAGUUUAGACUUUAGCAAUAAGUCCUGGGGGGGGUUAAAAAAUCGUUUAGGAGAUAAAAGGAAAGGGAAACCGUUAGGGGAUGGAGAUUAGAGAUAGGUGCGCCCGUUUCCCUGUACGUACAUUACACCGCUCAAUGUUGUUUUAUGUUCUUGUUAUUUUCAAACUAUUUAAGUUGGACCGUCAAACAUGCGGUAUAAGAGACAGCGAGGUAAAGUUAGGUGUUUUAGCUACAUAUGAUUUGUAUUUAAUAUAAAAAGUCAUAGCAAUGUUCGAAAACUUUGUCCUGUUUGUGUAGUUUUAGGUUUAUGUUUUGUUACACAAAGAUAAUGGAAUUUGCAAUAGCUCGUGGCGUCGGGAAGUAUAUAUCUUAAACACACAGCAUUACACACCCCCACAGCUAACUAGAAGUUUAGGCAGAAAGAUUUGUUAGCUAAAUGGCCCCCGUGCAUAGAGGGGAGAAAGACAGGUUAGUGUUGCUAUCAAACAAAACGAUUAACAUACAUUAUGUCAAUCCGUACUCGAGUGUUCCUAAAUUCCCCUUAAAAUUGGGUUUUGGGAGGAACGCAAACAAUAAAGAAAAUAUUUUUAUAUUUUUAUAACGA